UUCAACUCCAAUGGCUAAUACAGCGUCUAACCCGAGUCAGCCCGCCGGAGCCGCCCGGCCAGGACACUCCAAGCUGCUUCGACUCAUUGCUAUGGUCUUGCUAUCCCUAGUUGUCCUUGUGGGUAUAGCCGUGCUCAUCACAUGGCUAGUGAUCCGGCCAAGACGGCUCGUCUACACUGUUGAAGAUGGUUCGAUCCAUAAUUUCAACAUGAACAACAACCACCUCAACGCCUCCUUCGACUUUGUCGUACGGUCGUAUAAUCCCAACUCUAGAGUCUCUGUAUACUACGACGCAAUAGAAGCGUCGGUGAGAUACGAGGAUCAAACGGUGGCGUAUAGCGUGGUUGAUCCUUUCUUACAACCCCAUCGGAAUGUGACCCGUUUGGAGGUGAAGCUCACGGCUCAGUACGUGGCACUGAUGGGGUCGGCAUCUCGGGACCUGAGGCGCGAGAAAUGGGCGGGGGAGAUUGAAUUUGCCGUUUUUCUCAAGGCAAAGAUACGGUUUAAGGUGGGAUCGUUCAAGUCUAAACAUCGUACUCUGAGGAUUUGGUGUUCUCCUGUAAUGGUGCCUACCAGUCCCUCCAAGAAGUUUGAAAGGACAUACUGUGACCCAGAAAUUUGAGCGGCAUUGAUGUUUCUGUGACUCAUCUUGUAACUUUAAUUUUCUCUGUUGUUUUUGAAUUUUUUUUUUGCCGAGAUUGUCAAACGCCGAUUUAUUUUAUUUCUUUUUUCCUUUUUUUUUUCUUUUUUUUUGAUUCUGGGUGUUUGUGUGAUCAUUGUUGCAUAUUUGCAUUGAAUCGUUUGAUUGUAAUACAUUUUUCUUUAUUAUUAUAAACUUUUGGCAGCCC